AUGGUGGUCAAAGGAAGGGGAAAGUUUCCUCCGAAGAAAACACCUGAGCUUCCUUCUCCUACUCCAAAUAUCACAAAAAUAGCGUCUUUAACCAAACAACCCGCCUCGGAUAAGGCUCUUGAACUUUUACAUGAAGUUGCUACUUUGGUUUCCCCCAUAAUGCAUCACUAUAACUUUAAAGUGAAUCUUCUGUGUGAAAUGUAUCCAAGGAAUCAGGGCUUGCUAGGAUUGAACGUUAACAGAGGUCAAAAAAUUUGUUUACGACUCCGAUCUCCCACUGAUAGUAAAUGGUUUUUAGAAAGAGACGAAAUAGUGGGGACAAUGUUACACGAACUCACCCAUAACUGGCAUGGUCCUCAUGAUGCUAAGUUUUAUAAAGUUUUAGAUGAACUGAAGGAUAAAUACUACGAAUUCCAGGUUACACAGUCAAUGAAAAAUUCCAGUUAUCCAAAUAAUUUUUCUGCCUCAGGAGCAAAGGUGCUAAAGCCAAUGUCUACAAAAAAGUAUACUACAAAAGUGAGCAAACUGGGUACAGGAAAAAAGUUAGGUGGUUCUGCAGAAAGACUACCUUUAAGGAGCCUAAUGCUCCUUGCUGCCGAGCGACGAUUGAAGGAUUCCAAAACAUGCAAUUCCGACGAAGAGUGCGAUUCUCAACUACCAGGAGAUAAUGUGAAAGAUAGCCAGCCUACCACCGAAGCAAAAAGAGAGACUGUGGAAAACUGUGAUGUUAUAUGCAUUGACUAA